GUUGAGGAGCAAGUACUCAGUUCACUAUGGGAGAAGUGAGCUGAAAUACAAUCUUGCUGCUUCUCAAUGCAGCCUAAAAUCUCAGCAUUUCUGGUGCUACUUGCCAGGAGUCUUAGCUUUUUUACGUUGGGUUUUAAGACCCCUUACACAGGUGUGGAUCAUGGCAAUGGACUGUAUAGGAUCCAGUGAUGCCUUCAAACUGGGGAUUUUAGGAAGCAUCGUUAGGAGGUCCCUGGAUGCCCCGCGGCGCUCCGUCCUCGCCCACCCGCGCACGGCGCCCCCUGAUGGCCGGCAGCUGACCCCGCCCCACAGGAUGACGGUGAGAGAGCGGCUGCGGGAGAAGAUCUCCGCGGCGUUCUACCGCCACGGGCUGCUGUGCGCCUCCUAUCCGGUGCCCAUCAUCCUCUUCACCUCCGCCAGUAUCCUCGCCUGCUGUUACCCCCUGCUGCGGCUGCCUCUGCCGGGGACCGGGCCGGUGGAGUUCACCACACGGGUCCGAGAUUACACCGUCCCUUCCCAUGAGCCCCAGGGAGACCUCGGCGAGCGGCCUGACUGGUAUCGGGGUCCUCCGGUGGCCUACAUCCAGCCGGUCCUGGUGAAGGCAGCUGUGUCUCCCUGGGACAGUACGCUGGUCCCUGUGGACGUGUUCCGCUCCCCACUGGGCCGUGUGUUCAGCCUGCUGGAGGAGAUCCGCAACCAUGUACACGACGACGGUUCUGGGGUCAGGAGCUUGGAGGCGCUCUGCCUGCAGGUGACGGACCUGUUGCCGGGGUUACGGCGUAUGCGGAGAGUGCUGCCGGAGCACGGUUGUCUGCUGGUCUCCCCUGGCAACUACUGGCAGAACCAGCGGGAGCUGUUUGACUCUGACCCCGACCUGCUGAAGACCGUCCACCAGCACGAACCCAAAGGACUGCACACCUCUGCCACACUGAGAGACCUGCUGUUUGGCGUCCCAGUGAAACACACAGGGGUGAGUCUGUACAGCAGGAAGAGAGUGGUCACCUACACCAUCACCAUGGUCCUGGGCAGCUACGACGCCAGGUUCCUGUCUAGCCUGCGGGCACGUCUCCGCCAGCUGCACCCCUCGGUGAACUGCAGCCUGCGCGAGGACCACAUGGUGCACGUGCACUUCAAGGAGGAGAUAGGCAUGGCCGAGCUCAUCCCCCUGGUCACCACCUACAUCAUACUGUUCGCCUACAUCUACUUCUCCACACGUAAAAUUGACAUGGUGAAGUCAAAAUGGGGCUUGGCGCUGGCUGCCGUGGUAACAGUGCUCAGCUCUCUGCUUAUGUCUGUAGGGCUCUGCACCCUGUUCGGCCUGACGCCCACACUCAAUGGAGGUGAGAUCUUCCCCUAUCUGGUGGUGGUGAUAGGGCUGGAGAACGUCCUGGUUCUCACCAAGUCUGUGGUGUCCACCCCUGUUGACCUGGAGGUCAAACUACGCAUCGCUCAGGGCCUUAGUAAUGAGAGCUGGUCUAUCAUGAAGAACAUGGCCACAGAGCUGUGCAUCAUCCUCAUAGGAUAUUUCACCCUGGUGCCUGCUAUCCAGGAGUUCUGUCUGUUUGCUGUGGUGGGGCUGGUGUCUGACUUCUUCCUUCAGAUGUUUUUCUUCACCACAGUUCUUUCCAUUGACAUCCGACGCAUGGAGUUGGCCGAUCUGAACCGGCGUCUUCCGGCCGAGGCGGGGAUGCCCCUUCCCAAACCGGGCCCCCUGCGCCCUCGGGAGGCGCCUCCUCCCCCACGGCCCUCGCCCCACACAAUCACCCUGCAGACGCCCGCCUUCAGGAACCUGCGUCUGCCCAAGAGGCUCCGUGUGGUCUACUUCCUGGCCCGCACGCGUCUGGCCCAGCGCUUCAUCAUGGUGGGUACAGUGAUCUGGAUUGGCAUCCUGGCCUACACGGACCCCGCUGGCCUCCGUACCUACCUGGCAGCCCAGGUGUCUGAACAGAGCCCCCUGGGGGAGGGUGGGGCCGGGGGUCUGCCCCCCCACCUGGGAGUAGCCCCGGUCUUCCCUGGACCAGGAGGGGACCCUGCCAGCACCCUCAGUGUCCUCCCUGCCCCCGCUGAACCCACCCCGCUUCCAGAGAACCAGUCCCAGGGCCGCCACGGGGCCCCCAGGGAAGGAGUACCCCACCAGGCCCCACCCCUGGUGCCCCAGAUCAGCUGGGGGGUGGAGGAUGAGGAGGGCUGGAGAAAGCUGUCUUUCAGACACUGGCCCUCGCUCUUCAGCUACUAUAAUAUUACUCUGGCAAAGAGAUACAUCAGCAUCCUGCCUGUCAUCCCCAUCACGCUUCACCUGAGCCCCAGGGAGGCCAUCGAGACGCGUCACCCCCAGGACACACGCCACCCCCCGCCGCCCAGCCUCAAAACUAACGACCUGCCCGCAGACCUCACGCUCUACAAGGUAGCAGCUCUGGGCCUGGCGGCAGGGGUUCUGCUGGUGCUGCUGCUCUUCUGUCUCUACCGGGUCCUCUGUUCACGCAACUACGGCCAGAACGGCGUGGCCCACGGACGCCGUCGCCACGGUGACCUGCCCUGCGACGACUACGGCUACUCGCCACCCAUCAGCGAGAUCUCCCCCCUGCUGUUGCGGGGACACAGCAUGGAUAUAGAGUGUCUGGCGAGUGAUGGCAUGCUGUUGGCCAGUUGUUGUCUGGCAGGACAGAUCCGUGUGUGGGACACUCAGACUGGAGACUGCCUCACCGUCAUUCCUAAACAUGGGCUGCGGCGGAGUAGCAGCAGUGGCUGCUGGGAGCAGCGGGAUGGUUGGGACGCCGUGGGUGUGGCCGAACCUGAAAAUCUGGGGGGCGGGACAGAACCAGGGGGUGGGGUUUUCGACGAGGACGAGGGCUACCCCCUCAGGCGGCGAACCACCCCACGUCCUGCCCUCUUUGAGAACCAACCCGACCUCACCCCCCUCAUCGACACCAACUUUGACUCCCAGCCCCCCUCCCACCUCCUCCUUACCCCGCCCAGGGAUGGCUUUGACUUCGGGGGGCUGGUGGAGAAGGCCUACCUGGAGCACGAGCCUCCCUCGCUGGGCCUCACUGCCUCCUACCCCUCCUCCUCACCCCUGUCGGGACCCCCUCCCCAGAGGAGACGCAGCCUGGGGUACAUCCAGCCUCCUGCUCCACAGGGCCAGGGAACCCCGGACUGGGAAAGCGCCGUGUGGGCCAUGGAGCUCCGGGGGAACCUCAUCGCUGCUGGGAGGAGCAACGGCAAACUGGAGCUGUGGGACGCAGGGGAGGGCUCGUUACGCUGCAGUAAUGAAGAUGGCGUCUCGGGGAUCACGGCCCUGGCCUUCCUCAACAACAGGCUUGUGGCGGCCAGACUCGACGGCUCUCUAGACUUCUUCACUGUCGACAUCAACAAGCCUCUGGGCUUACUGCAGUACAGAGGUCCCCCCGGGCGUAGUAACAUACCGCCCUCGCCCUGCUACAGCAGUGAGGAUGUGAUCUCAUGCCAGCUGACGCGCUCGGUGCAGUGUGCCCACCAGAAACCCAUCACGGUGCUGCGAGCCGCUGCCGGCAGAGUGGUCACGGGCAGCCAGGACCACACCGUCAGGGUGUAUCGUCUGGAGGACUCAUGCUGUCUCUUCACGCUCCAGGGCCACUCUGGGGGAAUCACUGCCAUCUACAUAGACCAGACCAUGGUUCUGGCCAGUGGGGGGCAGGACGGAGCAAUCUGUCUGUGGGAUGUGCUGACGGGCAGCCGGGUGAGCCACGUGUACGGUCACCGCGGCGACGUGACCUCGCUGGUGUGCACCACAUCGUGCGUGAUCAGCAGCGGCCUCGACGACCUCAUCUGCAUCUGGGACCGCAGCACGGGCAUCAAGCUCUACUCCAUACAGCAGGAGGUGGGCUGUGGCGCUAGUCUGGGGGUCAUCUCUGAGUCUCUCCUGGUGACAGGGGGCCAGGGCUGUGUGUCCUUCUGGGACCUGAACUUUGGGGACCUUCUCCAGACGGUCUACCUGGGUCAGAGCAGCGACGGCCAGGGAGUCCGCCAGCUCGUGGUGCUGAACAACGCCGCCAUCGUCUGCGACUUUGGCUCCGAGCUCAGCCUGGUCUACGUACCCGCGGUGCUGGAGAAGCUGGACUGAGCAGAAGCAGAACUAGGACAGGCUCCACACAGUGGCCUGGAGGAGUAGAUGAAAUGGUCAGUACUGACAAUGGGGAUACAUGCAAAUGCAACUCAUUUUGGCCCUACACUACGCUGCAGUUGGACAAUCUUCUUGGAAAGAGUUGACGUGAUUGGCUAAUUUAGAUCGUUAGCACUUCACCCGAUUAGGUGGGAGGGCAUUUCUAUAGCAACACAUAACGUUUUUAUAAAGCUAAUGUCUGGUUGGAGAGACAGAUGUACACCAGAAAGAUGACCCAUGAUCUUGUUACUAGCUCAGGGGGUUUGUAUCCAAGCAUUGGAUAGUUUGGGGUACACACACCCCAAGGGGUUCCCAUCCAACAAUCAGGCUGUCAUUGGCGGAGUGUUUGAUACCACGCCAGCCAAUCAAUGUAGCGCAGCUGUAGCAGGCUCAUGUCGUGAGGUCUGAGGGCCGUUGGGCUAAGCAGUUACUAGCAUGCGUGUGUUUUGUGUCCUGGGAAAGAAACAGUCCCUUUUUAUGGUGAAAACAUUGCUGACAAAAAUCCUUCAUUAUUGUGUGUGUGCGCGAGAGAGAACUGGAUACGAUGACUGUAAUGAAAUGCACCUUGAGAGGGGGUUGUUUUUAUGUUUAAAUCUAUUUAUUAGUGAUACAAGUAACAAUUUGAGAUGUGCAUAAUAUAAUGUGGAGAUGAUGUCAUAAAUGUAGGGUAGGAUUAUUUUUUUAAACAUUGGUUAUGAUGAGAUUAAUAUUUGUAAUAAUAUUUUGGAACUGAAAACGCUAAAGUGUUUUCUUGGAGUUGGGGAUUGAGGGGGAGAGGUUCCUUGCCUUACCCCAGGCUCUGAUUUUAGGGCUACUGUUGCUGCAAGAGGACCCAUCUGGCCCCGUAAGAGCCCCUUAAGCUGUAAGAGGCUCUAUACUUUCUGCUUGAAUUUGAGAUUUACAUCUGAAGGUGUGGUAGCUCUACAUUGUCAGAGUUUACAUUGGCUGCUCUCUUCCCAUGUGCCCAGGAGAAAUGUCAGAUCUUUUGAGAUUGUGACUAUAUUCAAUUGCACGGUUUUACGUUAGUAACAUUGUCAUGCUACCAUUGUACGUCUUGUUCUCUGACAAAAGGUUCCAUUGAGGAAAUCACGUUACUUUUUUAAAUACCUAAAAUGGCUUCCUCUUGAAAAACAUCUUACAACUGCGUUUCUCUGUCCGCUGUUUUUCCCAAUUCACUGAAAAUAUAGAUUUUCUUUCCCUUAUUUUUUUGGUCUUAUCUCUGUAAUUCUCUGCUUGUGAGUUUGAGAACCCUAUCAGGCGUAAAAGGAGAGGAUGGGUAGUGUACCGGUAAUGUGGUUAACUCCACCGUGGCCCAUCUAGUCUUCAUGUGAGCAAAGGAGUCACCGAGGGCCUCAGACUAAGAAUAUGAUGGUACCCUCUAGGUAGGAGCCUCUCUACUAAUAACUCAACCUUUCUCCCAGCCCGUUACCUCUGAGUGACUGUAGCGCUAGCCUGCAGACACACGCAAUGCAGAGAGAGCGUAGUGGACUUGACCUUAGACGUUAGCCUACUUGGUUACUUACACCCAUAGCUGAAUGUAGAUCCGUGAUGCUUGAUAUUGAAAAGCAAAUCCACUCAACUUCAACCAACAGAAAUAUAACACUAACUUGUGCACUAACUCUUAACCCUCUCAAAUGCACAGACACACACACUAGGCACUUUGAAACAUAAUGUAUAGAAAGACAUUCAGAAACACACACAUACUGAAAACAUAAAAACGCACACAUCAGACUUGUGAAUGCACGGGUGGACAGCUUUAGUCCUCAAGUUGCUGUGUCUGCUGGUUUAUCAAGAAGAUGAAUUGAAAACCCAGAAGGACUGGAGUUGUGCACCUGUGUAAUGGUUCUAAUUUAUUUCCUUUUUUUAAUGUAAAUAAUAGGUAAACACUUUAGAGUGUAGAUUCACUUAUAAUUGUAAGGAUAUAAACUGCUGCCUGAGUUAAAUAUGGUUGUGUUCCAAGUCCUUUUAAGCUGCCUUUCAUUAUCUCAUUGCUUGCAAAUAAUGAUACGAUAGUUAUUUGACACCCACACAUUCUGUCACAAUAUGUGGCCUAUGCAGGAAUUAAACCUCACCACUCUGGUGUUGUGAGCACUAUGCUCCAAACAACAUUGCAAUGUUUAUGGAACAGUUGUUACAUUUGUUUUACAGCUUUCUGCCACUGUAGUGAUGAAAGGAGAUGAGAAGGGAAGCAUUUAAGAUAAUUGGAGCACAGCCCAUGUCCCCUUGAUCUGACCCUUUUGGUCCUACAAAAUAGUUGACGGAGGGAGGGGCAGAAAGAAACCGGUGUAAAUAUUGUUUUUGUGGAAUCAUAGGCCUGCUCUGCCCCCCUCCUGAACCACCUCCCUUUGGUUGGCUAGGGUGCACAGACUGUAGUGGCGGUAGCAAAUGUUCUGGGCUAUUUUACUAUUUUUAACACAGGAGCAAAACUUUGUACUAAUUUCCAAAUAAAGAGGCUUUGAUACCUUGU